AACGUAUUGAUUCAAACGAAACGUCAAAAAGUUUGGUUAAUUAAUAUUUAAACAUCUAAUUACAACAAAAUAAACAGAAUUUACAUAAUUAAUUGAACUCGAUGUAACGAAAGAGAACAUAAAUUAUGUAGACAAUCGAAGAUGUUCGAGAUGGAUGCCCCCGAAGUAUUACAAAAGAAGUUGUAUUUUUUGGUAGAACAAUUGCAAAAUAUGGCCAGGGAUUUACCCCCGAAAUAUCAAAUGCGUGUACCUUACGAAUUACUGUCAAGCUUAGCUAAUUGUUUACUAAAUGAAACUGUAUUUGAAAUAGUUAAAGGUCUGAUGGAAAUACAACAUGUAACCGAGCAACAUUUAUAUCAGCAACGCCUCCAGUUAAUCAACAAGCAUAAAAUGGAAGAACAAGAUAUACUUAAUAAUUGUAUGAUUACUGCUGCAGAAAAGGUUGAAAGAUUGAAACAGUUAAAAGAAGAACAAAAACAGGAGUCUAAAGAACUUGAUAAAUCCCUUAUAAUGCAGUUAGAUCAAAAGGUAACUGAUCAACAACAAACUUUAGAACAGGCCGGAGUUCCUGGCUUUUAUGUUACAUCAAAUCCUCUGGAAAUAAAAGUACAAAUGCAUCUAAUUGAUUUUGUUCUUAGGUUAAGCAGAAUGACCAUACCUUUAGACCUAUGAGAACAUUAAUUUUGUGAUUGUAACUGCAUACAUUCAUUCACUUAAUAAAACAAAUUGAUUGUUCAAAA